AAAAUGAAAUUUACCUGUGACAUGUUUCACCCCAAUAUUUUUGCUGACGGACGAGUUUGCAUAUCAAUAUUGCAUGCGCCUGGCGAUGAUCCCAUGGGCUACGAAUUAUCCGCUGAGCGUUGGAGUCCUGUGCAAAGCGUGGAAAAGAUUCUGCUUAGUGUAGUUUCAAUGUUGGCUGAGCCAAAUGCCGAAUCGGGAGCUAACGUUGAU